AUGACUAAUUUGCUAGUUGCAUGCGAAUGUUGGGCGGAUGUUUUGGAUCGGGGUCAUGCAGUAGAUGUAGUGUUUAUUGACUUCUCCAAGGCGUUCGACACUGUAUCACCUCUCCUCUCCUUGAAGCUUCGGUCCUAUGGAAUAUCAGGGCAUGCACUAAAAUGGAUCACCACGUUUCUGGAAGGGAGAAAGAUGUGUGUUCGUGUGGGGUCUAGUGUGUCUCUCCGUCAGUCAAUCCUCAGUGAGGUCCCUCAAGGUUCGGUGCUUGGUCCGCUGUUAUUUUCUUUGUAUGCCAAUGAGCUGCCCGAACUGCUGGAGGUACCAUCUCUCAUGUUUGCAGAUGACCUAAAGUUUUGGCACAGU